CACCGAAGGUCAAGUCACCCGGAACCAGCUAAACCCUCCCAUAGACUGACAGUUAUAAUCCAAUUUCUCUAUAACAGACCAACGAAAUUAAUUUGAAAACGUAACAGACAGUCACGCUAGACAAUCCCAAUGAUAACAUGUUAUAGUAUAUAAUUUGUCUACUGGGGUGCAGAGCAGUCUGCAAAGGUUCGAGAAAACAUUUUCAGCUCUCUGCUUCACUCUCUUUGUGAUUGGUACUUGAUAAUGGCUGAGGUUGCUUCCAAUGCUGAGCUCUUGGAAUGGCCAAAGAAGGAUAAGCGCCGACUCCUUCAUGUCGUGUAUCGUGUCGGUGAUCUCGAUCGCACCAUAAAGUUUUAUACUGAAUGCUUUGGAAUGAAGCUGUUGAGGAAAAGAGAUGUUCCAGAGGAAAAGUACUCAAAUGCCUUUCUUGGUUUUGGCCCUGAACAGACUAAUUUUGUUGUGGAGCUGACUUACAAUUAUGGAGUGACUUCAUAUGAUAUUGGAACUGGAUUUGGGCAUUUUGCAAUUGCAUCUCAGGAUGUUUACAAGUUGGUUGAAGACAUACGUGCCAAAGGUGGCGUUAUCACUAGGGAGCCUGGUCCAGUCAAAGGUGGAACGACUGUUAUUGCCUUUGUAAAGGAUCCAGAUGGUUAUAUUUUUGAGCUCAUACAAAGGGGACCAACUCCUGAGCCCCUGUGCCAAGUAAUGCUUCGUGUUGGUGAUCUGGAUCGCUCUAUCCAGUUCUACGAAAAGGCCUUGGGCAUGAAGCUAUUAAGGAGAAUUGAUAAUCCUCAAUACAAGUAUACCUUGGCAAUGAUUGGCUAUGCAGAUGAAUAUGAGACAACUGUCCUUGAGUUGACUUACAAUUAUGAUGUGACUGAAUAUUCCAAGGGAAAUGCAUAUGCACAGGUUGCUAUUGGUACUGAUGACGUCUACAAAAGUGCCGAGGUUGUCAGCUUGGUUACCCAAGAGCUUGGUGGAAAGAUAACUAGACCACCUGGACCACUUCCUGGAAUAAACACCAAAAUUACUUCUUUUCUAGAUCCAGAUGGCUGGAAAACGGUCCUGGUUGACAAUGAAGACUUUCUGAAGGAACUUCAAAAGGAAGAAUAACUGAGAGGGUUCUAGCUGCACUACCUAUACGCUGCUAUUUUGUGAAUAAGCUUGUGUAGCUAGUAAUCUUGUUUCAAAUUUAUGAGAUGGAACUAAGUGAACCUGCUAAAUUUUAUAUUACAGAAGAUGUUGUUUUGGCUAUUUA